AUGGUCGCGUUGAGGAUCGCCUUACUUGCGGUGACUGCACUUGCAGCCCAGGUGGAGCUGGAGAAGCGAAUCUCUGUCCCGUCUGUCGACUUGACUUCGAACAGUACCCGUGUCCCUAAGGCUAUCAUAACCUCCAAGAAUGGGGCCAACGUGACUAUCAGUGGUCUCGCGCUUCCUGGCUACGAUGCGUACCUUGGGAUCCCAUUUGCGGAGCCUCCUGAUCGCAGCUAUGGUGGCGGAUUUAUCGCCGGAGCCGCAUCCACCUACAUUUCCGGUCCAAUGAUCCAGUACGGCGUUGACACGAAGCGGCCGUUCAUUUUGGUCGCGAUGAACUAUCGAUUGGGUAUUCUCGGGUGGGGAUACGGCAAGGACGUCGCCCAGAACAAGGCAGGAAACUUGGGCAUCAGAGACCAGAUCCUCGCCUUGGAGUUCGUCCGAGACCACAUCUCAGCGUUUGGAGGCGACCCAGCCAAGGUUACGCUGUUCGGGCAGUCGGCCGGAGCCAUUUCAACGUCGAUCAUUAUGCUCAACCAAACCCAAAACCUAUUUCGCGGCGCCAUUAUGCAGAGUGGAGCCCAAAGUACAGCGCCCAUUACCAACACCAGUACUGGAUGGAACGCGCCGUACAACAACACUGCGCAGAACGCCGGAUGCAUGGCACCCAACACCACCAACCUCGGUAAUCUCACCACCUGGCAGUGUUUGAAGCGCAUCCCGGCCGACACUCUAAUGGCUGCAGCGGCCAAAACCAAAGCCAGCCUUCAAUACUCUCUGCCGUACAUCUGGGCGCCUUCUGUCGAUGGUGACAUUGUCCCAGAGUCGCCUUGGAAGAUGCUGCAGGAGGGCCGCUUCUCUCGGGUACCUUUCAUCACUGGAAACGUCCGUGAUGAGGGCACUGGCACGCUCCCGACGUGGCUGAAUAGCUCGAUUCCGCUCUCCUUCGCCUUUGGUUUGCUCCAACCUCAAGUGUCAAACCCAUCGAGCUUCCUCAAGGUGCUGGCAGCUUACCCGAACGUCACCGCUCUCGGUUCUCCUUACGGAACCGGCAAUGAAACUUUCGGUCUCGACCCCAUUUUCAAACAGGCCGCUUCCAUUGUCGGCGAUGAGGCUUUCCAGUCUCGUCGCCGCUACUUCAUCCGUCAGGCCAACAAGUUUAAUUUCACUCGGACCUGGUCGUAUGAGUUCAGAGGCGAGACGCCCGGAGCACCACCUUACACAGGAAGACGAGGGAUGAUGAACUAUUGGAUCAACUUUGCCUAUUACCUGGACCCCAACGGCAACAUGACCCAUAAUCCUCACGUGAACACCACCAACACAACAGUCACAUACGCCAAAGGUAAUUGGAAAAACCCGGCGGUGCGCCAGAAGAAGGGCCAGGACGGCAAGAAGGAUGGCGCCCAAAAGGAUAAAGGCGGUAAGCACGCACUGGAGAGGACCGUCUGGAGGCCACACGCUUUCCCUGAGAACAAGAAUGCGAUGCUGUUUGCGCCCGGAAACCUCACAAUGAUCCAGGACGAUUAUCGUGAGCAGCAAAUGCAGGUGUUCGAUGGACCUGAGAUGGCGAAGGACCUCAACUACCGGCGUGGCAUACUUUGA